AAACCCUAACAUAAUUAAGAAGCUAAUAAAUAAAGGCUCAUAUGUAAAUAAAGCCCAUAAGAAUGAAAUCCUAAACGAAAAACAAUAAAGAGGCCCGAUCAAAACGUAGACCAUCGACGGUGUGAUCGUCGCAAAGAUGCGCUACAUCAAAUCCUCUUCUAAAUUGGGGGAGAGUGAGAGAGAGAGAGAGAGAGUUCAUCGGUGCCGCCCAUAUACAAGGGAGGGAAAGGCUUCCUCUGUUCUCUUCUGUUCCUAAUAAAAUGAAACAACCCAUCUUUUGUCUCUCUUUUUUCUUUCACUCUAUCUCUCUCCCCUGCCGGCGUCUGUGUCCCCACAUGUUGUUACUUACAACUUAAUAGUUUCCCUCUCUCCUUGAGAUAUCUCCCUCCAUCCAUCCAUCCAGCUGUUGCUUCCUUACCUAACCAAACUCUUCUUUUGGUGUGAAUGAAUGCAAGUUUCCGACUGACUCCCUCUUCUUUUGUUUUUUCAACAUACUUCAUCCAUUCGUUGUGGUGGUGGGGUAAUACGAGAUGAGGCCCGAUGUUAUCCCUUUUCAUCAACUUUUUGGCCGCUUGUCUCUGGCCCUCUCCCUCUUCCUCCACUUCCCACUCUUACUCUGAUUCCAAAGCCAAACAAGACGGCCUUCUCUGGUACAAAGACUCUGCUCACCACCUUUUUGGUGAUUUCUCCAUGGCCCUUGUCCAGGCCAACAACCUCCUUGAGGAUCAGUGCCAGGUCGAAUCCGGUCCUUUGACCACCCUCUCCUCUUCUGGUCCUUUUGGAACCUUUGUUGGCAUCUAUGACGGCCACGGCGGCCCUGAGACCUCCCGUUUUCUCAACGAUCAUCUCUUUCACCAUCUCAAGAGAUUCGCAGCCGAGCAGGACUCCAUGUCUGUGGGUGUGAUAAGAAAGGCGUAUGAGGCAACCGAAAAAGGCUUUCUAGGGGUGGUGACGAAACAGUGGGCAGUGAAGCCACAUAUAGCAGCGGUUGGCUCAUGCUGCCUGGUCGGUGUGGUCUGCGAUGGGAAGCUUUACGUAGCUAACGUUGGGGACUCCCGUGCCGUUCUUGGAAAGGUCAUCAAGGCCACAUGUAAGGUUAUUGCGCUUCAGCUCUCUGCUGAUAAUGUGAGCAUAGAGUCUGUGAGGCAGGAAAUGCACUCCUUACAUCCUGAUGACUCCCAUAUUGUCCUCUUAAGGCACAAUGUCUGGCGUGUUAAGGGCUUUAUUCAGGUAUCACGAUCCAUAGGAGACGUGUAUCUUAAGAAAGCGGAGUUCAACAGGGAACCUUUGUACACAAAGUACCGACUGCGGGAGCCCAUGAAAAGACCCAUCUUGAGUGGGGAACCAUCGAUAACCGUGCAUGAUCUCCAACCAGAUGAUCAGUUUCUGAUAUUUGCAUCAGACGGACUUUUGGAGCAGCUUAGCAACCAAGAGGCUGUUGAAGUCGUUCAGAACCACCCAAGAAACGGGAUAGCGAGGAGACUGGUGAAAGCUGCGCUGCAGGAGGCAGCAAAGAAAAGAGAGAUGAGAUACUUUGAUCUCAACAAGAUUGAAAGAGGAGUCAGGAGGCAUUUCCACGACGACAUCAAUGUGAUUGUCCUCUUCCUGGACACCAAUCUGCUCAGCAGAGCCUCCUCUCUCAACCCUUCUGUUUCAAUUCGUGGUGGUGGUAUCACUUUACCUAAGAAACUUUAUAAUUAGGUUCCAUCCAUCUUGUAGUUAUAUUUAUCCAACCAAAGAUAAGUUUUUUCUUUUCCUUUAUGGUUUAUGUCUUU